AUGUUUGAAGAUGAUCAAAAUAAAAUCAACGAAAUUCAAGAUAACGUUUCAAAUACCAACCUCAACAACCCCCUAAUUGACACAGACACUUGGACCUGGAACCCAAACUGUAAAAGCUGCGACGUUCGAAUCAUAGACAAAAACCAAAAAUGUGUUCUAUUCCAUCCAUCUUGGAGCCAAGGCACAUCAGCCAUCAGAGGAACAAAAAUGCUCAAUAACACUCGCUCAUACUGGGAGAUCUUUAUACCCAAAGGAAUCUGUGGAACCAGCAUGAUGUUCGGCAUUGGUACGGAAAGAAGUCGUCUGGGAUCACCCGACUAUAUCAAUUUAAUCGGCGAAGAUGAACGUAGUUGGGGCUUAUCUCACAAAGGCUUCCUAUGCCAUGAUGGAGAGUAUAAGAAAUUUUGUCGUCCAUUUCGAGAACAUUUACCAACCACUGUUGGUCUGUUGUUUGAUGGUAUUUAUGGUACUUUGAGUUAUUUCAAAGAUGACAUUUGCUUGGGGGUAGGAUUCAGAGAUUUGAACAAAAUCAAAGAACCGUUGUAUCCCAUGAUUAGUUCAACUUCUGCUAAAACUAUUAUGACGUUGAAGUCAACUGGCAGCGAAUUUGUCAGCUUGAAAGAUCGAUGUAGAGCUGUGAUAUUAGAAAAUCUUAAAUGCAUAGAUGACGUACAGAAAUUACCAUUACCUUCAAAAAUGAGAGAAUACAUUACCUAUGGAAAAUGCAGAACGGGAUGAAAUUGCAAGUCAUGAAUGUAAAUGGUAUGUGCCUGCUUUUUAAAAUAGGUAGAUGCCAAUUAAAAUCAAAACAUCAUUGAGUAUUAAAUUUUUUUGGAUUUUUAAAGAUUUAAUUGAGUAAAAUGUGUUAAUUCUAGUGCCAUAUGAAACAAUCAACUUAUUAAAGUAGGCACCUAUCUAAAUAAUAAUACCACAUGGACUUUCAAUCUAGUCAAUAUUUUUCACAAACGGUCUCCAUUUUUAGUACUUAACUAAAGGAGGUAUAUUUACCAACUAUCUAUUACCUACCUAUGCAUUAAUUUG